AUGAAAAAUCGAAAACCGUUCUUAGACAAUUUUCCAGAGUAGUCUAAUGAAACUACCGCCAUAAUUUUUAGAAACCAUUCAAUUACUGUUUUUGUUUUUUGAAUAUUCUCCAACAGGGUUCUCUGAGAGUGAAGUGGAGCAAUGCAGUAUUGCAGUUGUGUGGACCGAGAGGAAGAAGUAUUGCCUGAGCAGCAGAGAAUGUUUGCAGGAGGGCACAUGCAAUAAUAAUCUGUGGAGCCCUGCUUCUAGUACUAGAAAGCCAGAGCUUGAUCAAAAUUUAGAGAGUUAACUAAAGGAGUUUAACAGAGUAUGCAAACACUUGGAAAUAACUGUACGAAAUCAGUUCUCAUUUCCUGGUCUUUCCAUCUGCUCUUGAUUUGUGGAUUUCUGAUCAUGCGCUGAUCAAGCUUGAGUUACGUCCUCCAGUUGAGAUCCAACUACAUCAUUACAAUGAGUUCAUCAUCGCUCGGUCAAAGAAAUAAAAAAGAACGGUCAUGGAUUCCUCCACCUCCAGAAGACACUUCCACUGGACCCAGAAGGUAGGGAGUGAAGAAGAAGACGAUCAAUGUCCACUACCAACUCUCAAACCCUCCUCCGAAGCCGUCGAACUGGAAGAGGUGAAGAAAAAAAACAGAGUUGUCGUCUCUCCAGAGCCGCAGCCGCAGUCGCAGCCACCGCAUCCCGCAGCCCAACCACAAAGAAGGAAGAUGCCGGCCGUUGCAGUUGCGCGUUGGCGUUCGGUUCUCACAGUUUUUGCCAAAAAUCGGUCGAGCCUUUCACCGGGUCUGGGUUCUCGGGUCAUUGGAACCCUUUUCGGUUCUCGGCGUGGCCAUGUGCACUUUGCAUUUCAAAGAGACCCCAACUCGGAACCUGCCUUUUUAGUAGAGCUUGCGACGCCUAUUAGUGGCUUGGUAAAAGAAAUGGCGUCUGGGUUGGUCCGGAUUGCGCUGGAAUGUGAUAAAGAGAAAGAAGGGGGGGAAAAGAAAGCAGUGAGACUUCUAGAACAGCCUCUUUGGAGGACAUUUUGCAAUGGGAAGAAGAGUGGUUUUGCUACAAGGAAGGAUUGUGGGGCCAAAGAGAUGAAAAUCCUCAAGGCCGUGGAGCCAAUUUCGAUGGGUGCAGGUGUUCUGCCAGGAAACUAUGAAGGGGAAACCGAAUCCGCUGGAGCUGAGUCGCCUGAAUCCGAAGCUUGUUCUGAUAAUGAAAUCAUGUACAUGAGAGCCAAAUUUGAGAGAAUUGUGGGCUCUAGAGAUUCCGAAGCUUUCUACAUGAUGAACCCAGAUAGCAAUGGAACUCCUGAACUCAGUAUCUAUCUUCUUAGAGUCUAAUUAAGCUGCAGCCAUGAAAGCUCUGGGUCUUGCUCAUUUGAAAAGAAUUUAGUCAAGCCUUGAUGGAGCCUAGCUACAUUUCUCCAUAACCUUACUUUUGUUUUAAUUUUCCUUUUUGUUUCUGAUCUUUUGGGAAAAUGGUUAGUGGGUUUAUUGUAUUUUGUUA